AAGCGAAUUACAAGUUUGCUGACAUUGCGGGACAAAAAACCCGCACAUUUGCUUGCCAUCUUCCUACAGUGUUAGUACAUUCCUCUUCAAUAAAAGUAAAGUUUCAGGCGCUUCGAUACUUUUAUCCAGUUAAACAUUCCGGAAUACAUUUGAAAUAAUGGCUGAACCUAAAGCUGAUAUUGCCCUCAUUGGCCUGGCUGUAAUGGGCCAAAAUCUUAUCCUUAACAUGGAUUCUAAAGGAUUUGUUGUCUGUGCUUACAACAGGACCGUUGAAAAGGUCGAUCAUUUCCUUGCUAAUGAGGCGAAGGGAACAAAAAUCAUUGGAGCCAAAUCGUUAGAAGAUAUGGUACAGAAAUUGAAGAAACCCAGGAAAGUUAUGCUCUUAGUCAAAGCUGGCUCAGCUGUGGAUGCAUUUGUUAAGAAUCUGUUGCCAUUGUUAGAGAAGGGUGACAUUAUUAUUGAUGGUGGUAAUUCCCAGUACACUGACACACAGAAAUGGUGCAAGGAAUUAGCUUCAACAGGAAUUCUCUAUAUUGGAAUGGGUGUAAGUGGCGGAGAGGAUGGUGCACGAUAUGGCCCAUCUCUAAUGCCUGGAGGUCACCCGGCUGCAUGGCCUGCAGUUAAACCUAUAUUCCAAGCAAUUUGUGCUAAAGUAAACAAUGAGCCAUGCUGCGAUUGGGUUGGGGAAGAUGGUGCAGGUCAUUUUGUUAAGAUGGUCCACAAUGGUAUUGAAUAUGGUGAUAUGCAACUUAUUUGUGAAGCCUACCAUUUAAUGAAAGAUGUUCUUAAUUUGGAACAGGGUGAGAUAGCAAAAGUUUUCGCUGAUUGGGGCAAAGGGGAAUUGGAUUCGUUUUUGAUUGAUAUCACUUCUGGUAUAUUGAAAUUCAAGGACACUGACGGUUCGUAUUUACUGCCCAAGAUCCGUGAUGCAGCAGGGCAGAAAGGUACAGGAAAGUGGACUGUGAUCAGUGCCUUGGAGUAUGGAGUGCCUGUUACUCUAAUCGGAGAGGCUGUUUUUGCCAGAUGUCUUUCUGCACUUAAAGAUGAGCGCAUCAAGUCGAGCAAAACUCUUUCGAAGUCUGUGGUGAAAUUUGAUGGCAACAAAGUAGAGUUUAUUGAACAUCUACGCAAGGCUCUUUAUGCCAGCAAAGUGAUAUCUUACGCUCAAGGAUUCAUGCUAUUGAGAGAAGCAGCUCAGGUGAACAAGUGGCAUUUGAACUACGGCAGCAUUGCUCUGAUGUGGCGCGGAGGCUGCAUCAUCAGGAGUGCUUUCUUAGGCAAUAUUAAGGAGGCAUAUACGAAGAAUCCAUCGCUUACAAACUUGUUACUGGAUCCGUAUUUCUCUAAGCAAGUUUCGGAUUCUCAAAUAUCUCUGCGUCGUGUGGUAGCGCAAGCGGCAUUGUCUGGUGUUCCCUCGCCUACAUUCUCAGCUGCACUCGCCUUCUAUGACGGAUACAGCUCUGAUGUGUUGCCAGCUAAUCUAUUACAGGCACAACGUGACUAUUUCGGAGCCCAUACAUACGAGCUGUUAACCAAACCAGGUGACUUUGUGCAUACAAAUUGGACCGGUCAUGGAGGAAAUGUAUCCGCUUCAACAUACAAUAACUAAUUAGUUUUAGAGAUCUAUUUUUUAAUUUUUUAUUAUUAUGGACAUCCGAAAACUAUACUAUAAUUUUGAAAGUCUAUUUUUUAUUAUUGUUUGAAUUAUUUGCUAUGAUGAUUUUUAUAUGCUGAUGUUUUGAAAAGUGUUUAAUGAACUACGUUCCUAUUUAAAAUGCAAGGUUUUCUAUAAUAUGUGAUGUCGCCAUUAUACAUUGAUAAAAGGUUAACAAUAUAUAAACUACAAUCGUAUGAGGAUUGACAUUUAUAAGUUCUGUAACUCACCCUUAGCAAAUGUUAACAUUAUGUAAAUGUUACCGUUACAAUUUUUAACCAGUCAUUUGAUGUAACUCACCUUAAACUGGUUGUGAGUUCUGUUAAAUUAUGCAGUAAUUUUUUUGUACCAACUAUUGCAGUAUAUUAUUUUACUUUCUUUAACUUACAAAUAACUACUAAAAUAAGUGACAUUGUUAUUUUAGUGGUGAAUUCCCAAACUGUACAUUCCUUUUUUUACCUAUUAUAUACCUAUAUCAAGUUAUUCUCGGGUCCAAUAAGCCUCAAAUAUAAUGGUAAAUGUGAUUUUUAUAAUUUAUCUUUGAAGUUAAAUGUGGGUUGAAUAUUUGGUCUAUAUUUUAUAUUAAUUAUUAUGGAUAAUGUUAUUGAUAUUAACUUUUUGAGAAAUAAAUUUUUUUUAAUCGAUA